AUGCCAGGAACGCCACAGAAGAACAAGAGGUCAGCGAGUAUAUCCAUCUCGCCUGUAAAGACGUUAAUAGAGGAAAAAGAGCCUGCUCAUAAUGAUUCAAAGAAGACAUCAUCAAAGCAAACAAAGAGAAAAAAAAAGUAUGCAUUUGCCCCUAUAAACAAUCUGAAUGGAAAAAGUGGUAAGAUACCAAACACAAGUGUGUUGAAGUCAAUAUCUGUUUCACAGGUACGAAAUACAUCAAGAGUUAAGGAGGUAAACAUGACAAUUAGUAAGAGCGGUAACUCAUUACCAAGCCCGCAAGUUAAACUCAAACGCGAAGUGUCGAGUAUGAGCAAGUAUCAUGAUUUAACUCAUGACGAAGACGGCCCUAUGGAAGAAGUAAUAUGGAAAUAUUCGCCCCUACAGCGAGAUAUGUCCGACAAAACAACAAGCGCUGCCGAAUUUUCUGAUGACUACGAAGCUGUUCAAGAUCCCUCUUCAACGCCUAUAGUACCUAAUAGAUUAAAAACUGUCCUUAACUUUACAAAUAUUCAUGUGCCCAGUGCUGACGAAAAUCCUUUCACACAAGAAAAUGAAGACGAGCAAAUACGACCUAAACAUGCAAAUAUAUCUCCAAGGGGAUCCUUUCGUAACAUAGAUGAUAUUCUCGAUGAUAUAGAGGGCGAUUUAACUAUAAAGCCGAGAAGUUCGAAAUUCAGCGAUUUGCCAUCCUCACCUACCAAGGCACCUAAUGUCGAACAACCGGAGGCGGCUGCAGAAACCGCAGAUGACUUAAACACCACAGGAGAUAGUAAUGAUGGUGACGAUUCAUUGAUCGAUAUUUUAACUCAAAAAUAUGUCGAAAAACACAAGGAUGAUAUACAGGUGGCAAUACAAAGUAAAGAUGAUCAAGGAAAUGAAACUCAUGAAACUCAUGAAGAAAAUGAAAAAAAUGAAAAGAGCGGAGAAUGUAAAGGAGAUGUAGUUAAUAAAAUCAAACGAGACGAUGCAUUCGAUAACAACCAAGACGACCGAGGAUAUCAAAGAAGCCAAGAAAAAGAGGAAGAAGAAAAACGUUUAUCAGACGAGUUUUCAGACGAUUCACUAAUAGAGUUAUUGAAUGAAACUCAAACACAAGCAGAAUCCAAUGCCAUCGAACAGGAGAUCGAAAAGGUAGAGGUAAUGGUUUCUCACGAUUUGAAAGUUGAUUCUGAUACUACAUUAUCCACGUAUGUUCUCAGAGCUAAAUUUAGUGCACCAAGAGAUGGUGUAAUACGAUUAGUGAUAAUCAGUAUACGUACUGUUGAAUUGCCCAAAAUUGGAACCCAAAAAAUACUCGAGUGCAUAGAUGCCAAAGGUGGACAAAGUUCUGUGGUCGUUCGGCAUCCUUGGGUAUACUUAGAGUUUGAAGCUGGAGAUGUAAUACAUAUAAUAGAAGGGAAGAACAUUGAGAACAAACGACUUCUUUCCGAUGACAAAAACCCAAAGACUCAAUUAGCAAACGACAAUCUGCUGGUAUUAAACCCUGAUAUAUUAUUCUCAGCAACAUCAGUCGGAAGCUCAGUGGGUUGUUUGAGACGUGCAGUUCUGCAAAUGAAAUUUCAAGACCCUCGUGGAGAACCAAGUCUUGUCAUGACCUUAGGUAACAUCGUACACGAGUUAUUACAAGAUUCGAUCAAAUACAAGCUUUCGCACAGCAAAAUUACUAUAGAAAGCAUAGUACAAAAAUUAGAUUCACUGUUGGAAAGUUACUCAUUCUCAAUUAUGAUCUGUAAUGAGGAAAUACAAGCUGUGAAGGAGUUAAUUAUAAAGGAGCACGUUGAAAACAUCUUGUACUUUGUUAAUAAAUUUGUCUCGAAGAGCAACUAUGGUUGCUACACGUCUGUCUCAGGAACCAGAAGAACACAGCCAAUUUCAAUAUCAAAUGUGAUCGAUAUUGAAGAAAAUAUAUGGUCUCCAAUAUAUGGUCUCAAAGGGUUUUUGGAUGCAACUGUUGAAGCUAAUGUUGAAAACAAUCAAAAAUGUAUUGUCCCCCUAGAAGUAAAAACUGGUAAAUCGAGAAGUGUUUCAUAUGAAGUCCAAGGCCUUAUAUAUACACUAUUACUGAAUGAUCGCUAUGAAAUACCAAUAGAUUUUUUUCUUCUUUAUUUUACGAGGGACGAAAAUAUGUCAAAAUUUCCAUCCAUUUUGCAUUCUGUAAAGCAUAUUCUUAUGUCCCGAAAUAGAAUGAGCAUGAGUUUCAAGCAUCAGCUUCAGGAAGUUUUUGGGCAAGGUCAAUCAAGAUUUGAACUGCCACCAUUAUUGCGCGAUUCAUCUUGUGAUUCAUGCUUCAUGAAAGAGUCGUGUAUGGUAUUGAACAAAUUGUUGGAAAAUGGAACAUCAGAAGAAAGCGGCCUAGUCGAAGGUGAAUUUGAUACAUUAACGAGGCAUUUGCUGCCAAACCUCACUACCUACAAGGAAUUCUUCACAAAGUAUAAUGACCUAAUAACAAAAGAAGAGUCAAGCAUAACAUGCAUCAAUAAAGAGCUUUUCCUAUUGGAUGGUUCCACGAGAGAAUCGAGAAGCGGGAGGUGUCUUUCUAAUUUAGUUGUGUCAGAGGUAGUUGAACAUAAGGAAAAAGAAGGGACAUAUUCAUAUUGUUUCCUGAGAAGCAAUCAAGAUAAUAACGCACAGUCGAUGUUAUCCUCUCAAAUUACCGUCAAUGACUUUGUAAUUAUUAGCGAUGAGGAAGGUCAUUUCUGCCUAUGCCAAGGCCGUGUACAAUUUAUAAAUUCAGAUAAGAUUGGUGUAUCCAUCAAGCGAAAAUUGUUGAACAACCGACUUCUGGAUAGAGAACGAGGAAUUACAACCAUUCAAAGUGUAGUUGACUCUAAACUAGAUCAAUCCAACCUCAUAGCGACUCAAAAUUUGGUUAAAUAUAGGAUCGAUAAAAAUGACAUCCAACAAAGUUUAUCCUUAGCACGAUUCAACCUCCUGAGUUUGUUUUUACCAGCUGUUCCGCCUGGUUUGGAUAUAAUUGACGAAAGAAGUAAAUUAGCCCGAAAGACAAAGAGAUCUGAUGGAGGUAACGAAACGUUACGAUCUUUUUUAAUUGAUAACAGAGCACCAAAAUUUAGAGGUAUAAGCGAUGACCCUGUGAUACCAUACGAACUUUCGGAGGAUAUAACAUUGAACGUGAACCAAAAACAAGCAAUUGAUACUGUGAUGAGAGCUGAAGAUUAUGCAUUAAUAUUGGGAAUGCCAGGAACAGGUAAGACCACUGUCAUUGCAGAAAUAAUCAAGAUUCUGGUGUCCAAGGGGAAAACUGUGCUUUUGACAUCAUAUACACAUUCUGCAGUGGAUAAUAUUUUGACAAAGUUGAUUAAGACCACCAUUAACAUAACGAGAUUGGGAUUGAAACAUAAGGUUCAUCCUGAUACACAGAAGUAUGUACCGAAUUAUGAGUCAGCAAAAAGUUAUAAGGAUCAUUUGGCCAAGAUAAACAGCACCUCCGUCGUCGCCACGACGUGUUUGGGCAUAAACGAUGUAUUUUUUACAUUGCACGAAAGGGAUUUUGACUAUGUGAUUUUGGAUGAAGCAAGUCAAAUUUCCAUGCCGGUCGCUUUGGGACCUUUACGAUAUGGAUGUAAGUUUAUCAUGGUUGGCGACCAUUAUCAGCUACCACCACUAGUAAAGAAUGAUGCAGCUCGAUUAGGCGGAUUAGAGGAAUCUCUGUUCAAAACCUUCUGUGAAAAGCACCCGGAGAGUGUUGUGGAACUGACUUACCAAUAUCGUAUGUGUGGCGAUAUUGUUACUUUGUCUAACUUCCUGAUAUACGACAAUAAGUUGAAAUGUGGGAAUGAUGAAGUUUUUGUACAAUCUCUAACAUUACCAAUUCCAGAUGCUUUAAAGCAAUAUAGAAAUAAGUCAAUAGGUUCGAAGGAAUGGCUCGAAGACAUAUUAGAACCGAACAGAAAAGUUAUUUUCUUGGAUUAUGAUAAAUGCCCAGAUAUUAUGGAAAAAAGCGAAAAAGAUAACAUCACCAAUGUUGGAGAAGCACAAAUUUCCCUACAAUGUGUAGAGGGAAUGAUUUUGAGCGGUAUACCGUGUGAAGAUAUCGGUGUUAUGACGUUAUACAGGGCGCAGUUGAGGUUACUAAAAAAGAUAUUCAAUAAAGAUGCAUAUAAAGGACUAGAGAUCUUGACUGCUGAUCAGUUUCAAGGUCGCGAUAAGAAAUGCAUUAUUAUUUCCAUGGUUAGAAGAAAUUCUCAAUUGAACGGGGGAUCACUAUUGAAGGAAUUGAGGAGAGUCAAUGUUGCCAUGACGAGAGCCAAAUCCAAACUAAUCAUCAUAGGUUCCAAGAGUACAAUUGGCUCCGUUUCCGAGAUAAAAUCGUUUGUAGACUUGUUAGAAGGACGUAAUUGGAUUUAUACAAUGUGCAAAGAUGGGCCUUACAAGUAUAAUUUCCCCGAGAGGCUAGCCUCCACAGAAGGAACACAUAAUGGCCUCAGAAAGAGGACGGGGGCCAAACCCAUCACAUCCGAAUCCAAACUUGUCAGCGACAAACCUAUCAUAAGGGAAGUUUUACAGGAGUAUGAAAGUUAA